AUGGCCGUUAAACCUGAGCAAAGUUUGCAAGAUGUGAAGGUUCGGAGAGGCAAGCGCCAGCGCUUCGAACGGCACGGGGUAGAGAAGAGGGCCAGGAUUUCAGGUGAAGAUGCUUUGUGCCGAUCAUUGAUGCCAAAGCCACGCUUCGAGCUUCCGCCUCAUCGGUAUGUCCUGGCACCUAUGGUUGGCGGUUCUGAGCUUCCUUUCAGGAUGAUGACUCGGCAAUUCGGAGCGCAGCUCUGCUACACGCCGAUGAUUUACUCCGGCCCGUUCUCGACAGAUGCGGACUAUCGAGCUGCACCGGAAAAUGGAUUCCAGACCUGCCCAGAGGACAGGCCUCUCGUCGCCCAUUUCUGUGGCAACGAUCCGGAGGUGCUGCUAGCAGCAGCACGACACGUUGCAGACCGUGUUGAUGCAAUAGAUCUCAAUUUGGGCUGCCCUCAGCGAGUAGCACAUGCAGAGCAUUUUGGUGCCUAUCUGCUGGAGAAGCAGGACCGAGGUUUGGUUUGCAGCAUCGUCAAGCGCCUUUCAGAGGCACUUCCGCUGCCUGUGUUCUGCAAAAUUCGCCUGCUGGAUGAGCUGGAGGAGACUUUGGAGCUGGUGAAACAGCUCGAGGCCUCGGGCGCCAGUCUCAUCGCAGUGCAUGCACGAUACCGUGGUACACCGACACAUCGAAGGGACGGUCCUGCGCAUCUUGACCAGGUUCGUGCUAUCAAGAAGGUGGUGAGCGUGCCGAUCCUUUCCAACGGAAACAUCAAGUCGUGGGAGGAUGUUGUCGCAAACCUUGAGCUUACACAAGCCGACGGCGUCAUGUCGGCAGAGGGUAUGCUGGACGAUCCUUGCAUUUUCGCCGGUUCCGGCGAAGUCGACUCGAAGAAAGCGUUGAGAAAGGUCGAGAAGAAGCUUCGCCAAGUGCAAAAGCUUUUAGAGCGGCAGGCUUCUGGCGCAUCGCUGAACGCAGAGGAGCUGCAGAAGGUUGCCACAAGAAAGCAACUGCGCAAGGAGCGGAAGAGCCUUUCAUCAAGCGGGGAAGUAGAAGAGGGCGUCCAACUGCGAGUUCCAACGGAUGGCCUCGAGAAAGCACGAGUUUACCUGGACUACGUCUCCAGAUUCCAGCCACCUCCCCUGUCGACUAUCAUUUUCCAUUGUCGGCGAAUGGCCAAGGCUGAGCUAACCGAGUUCCAGCUGCUGGAGGAUUUCAAAAGCUCCAAGUCAUUCCAGGAGAUGUGUGAACUCCUGUCCAAGGCCGAGGCCUUCAAGCGAGCCCCCGGCAGCUUCAGAGCCAGCAAGGAGAAGGAGCAAAGGGAUCGGGAACUGCGAGCUCAGCAAGCCUAUGAAGUGGAGUGUCGGAGGAAAUACGAGCAGCGAAUGGCGCGAAAGGCUGCUCGUUUGGGAUUGCCGUUGGAAGAGGUGAUGAGAGCCUCCGCAGUCCCAGGAGGCGUGCUCCACUUCAACGGCGAGCCGAGCUGGCUGACAGAGAAAGAAGAGACAUCCACCGGGACAGAGCAUGUCAGAUCAUAG